AUGGAACCUAAUGAGGAACUGAUGGCAGAAAACAAUCAACUCGCUCCAAGGACUUUGGAGGAUUAUAUGACUCCAGCCCGAGUUCCGCAGAUGGUGCGCAUUGUUAGACCGGCCAUAGAAGCUAACAACUUCGAGCUGAAGCCGGCGCUGCUACAACUGAUUCAAAAAGAACAGUUCGCUGGAGGAAGCACAGAGAACCCCUAUAGUCAUCUUUAUGAUUUCCUAUUUUACUGCGAUACAUUAAAAGUGAAUGGAGUUUCUCGUGACGCUAUCUUGCUCAGACUAUUUCCAUGCCUACUGAAGGAUGAUGUAAAAACCUGGCUGCAGUCUCAACCUGAAGGAAGCAUAACCAGUUGGGAUGAUUUAGCAAGGAAAUUCUUGGCCAGAUUUUUCUCAGCUUCAAAGAUGGCAAGACUCGAAUCAGGAAUCACCUCUUUUGAACAAAAGGAAAGCGAAUCUCAUUACGAGGCUUGGGAGCAAUUUAAGGGAUUACUCAGGAAGUGUCCUCAACAUGGAAUUGAAGCAUGGGAGAAAGCAAGAAUCUUUUUCCAAGGGAUGACGUCCAACACAAGAACACUGGUAAAUGCUGCUGCAAGAGGCUCCUUGAAAACUAAAACUCCAGAGGAAGCGCUAGAAUUGUUGGAAUCCUUAGCUUCUCAAGAAUUUGACAAUGCCCCAGUUGCACAAAGGAGAGCAGGAAUUCUGAAGCUCGACGGCUUUGAUGCAAUCUUAGCCCAAAAUGAACAAAAGCUACAAAUUAUUUGUGCAGAGGCUCAUGCGAUUGAAGAUUGUGACUACAUGAGAAUAGCAGAAAAGUCACCAGCGGAGGCAAUGCUAAACACUCCUUUGCUAUUGCAACAACAACCUCCACCUCAAGGCAACACUUCAGAAUGGGAAAGGGCUUUUGCACAGCUGCCCAAGACCACAUCAGACUACAUUCAAAACGCAGAUGCCUUCAGAGAUGAAACACGAGCAUCAUUCCGGAAUCAAGAAGCUUCUAUCCGCAAUCUGGAAACUCAAAUAGGCCAGCUAAGUGGGAUCGUGGUCCAACCUGUAGAAAAGCCGCCAGUGGAGAAGAAGAAAGAAGUAGAACCUGAAGCUGAAAAAGAGAAAGAAGAAGAUGCAGGAGAAGCUGAAAAGAGCAGUCCAGAGAAGAAGCUGUUCAAAUGGGAGAAAAAGAAAGCUCUAGACCGGCAACCAAAACUGGCAAAUCCAUCUCCCUAUGCACAAGUGCCAUACCCUCAGCAGUUGAAGCAAGAAAUCCAGAAACAACAAUACACCAAAUUUCUGGAUAUCUUCAAGAAGCUGCAAGUGAACAUUCCUUUCGCAGAAGCCCUGGAAAGCAUGCCUAACUAUGCGAAGUUCAUGAAAGACCUUCUGUCAAAGAAGUGCAAGCUGAAGGAGUGCGAAACAGUGGCCCUGACAGAGGAGUGCAGUGCAAUCAUCCAGAAGAAACUUCCUCCCAAUCUAAAAGAUCCAGGCAGCUUCAGUAUCCCUAUAGCAAUAGGAAAUAUUGAAGUAGGAAAAGCACUAUGUGAUCUGGGAGCGAGUAUAAUCAUGAUGCCACUAUCCAUGUGCAGAGCUCUUGGAAUCAAGGAGCUCAAGCCGACAACAGUUUCUCUACAGUUAGCUGACAGAUCAAUCAGACGACCAGAUAGGGUAAUUGAAGAUGUUUUAGUUAAAAUUGGCAAAUUUAUCUUCCCUGCAGAUUUUGUAAUUCUGAAUAUGGAAGAAGAUGCCGAGAUUCCCCUUCUGCUCGGGAGGCCAUUCUUAUCCACUGCAAGAGUAAUGAUCGAUGUGGAGCAAGAAAAACUGAUGCUGAGAAUGAACGAAUAA